GUAUUGCCAAAUUUGGAGUGUUUGUCCGCGUAGUCGUAGCCGCAGUAAAUAAGCAAUACAGCAUUACACUCCCAGUGCGUAGGAUUUCCAGCAUCCGCCUGGCCAUUCGCACCGAUCUAGGCCAAUUUCCUGGUGCGAUUCCCGUCCGCGUGUCCGGUGGUUUCGUUGACAUACGCGAUGGAAGAUAUAUUCCAGUGGUGCCGGGAAGGCAUCGCCAUGCAAGUACGAGUCUGGCUCGAUGACACAGAACACGACAUGAACCAGGGGGACGACCACGGAUUCAGUCCGUUGCACUGGGCCGCCAAAGAAGGCCAUCUGAAGAUCGUUGAGAUGCUGGUGCAGAGGGGCGCCCGCAUAAAUUCUACAAACCGAGGCGAUGACACACCUCUGCACUUGGCCGCGGCUCACGGUCACCACGAAAUCGUUCAUCUGUUGUUGAAAAACCGAGCAGACAUCAAUUUCACAAACGAACACGGUAACACUCCAUUACACUACGCUUGCUUCUGGGGCUAUGAAGCAAUAGCUGAAGAACUUAUUGAAAACGGUGCAUUGGCUGCUUUGGCCAACAAAGACGGAGACACUCCGUUAGACAAGGGAAAAGGACCAAUUUUAAAACAUUUAAAAGAUUUGGCUUUGCAAUCUGGACAAGAUCUUACCAAAAUCAAUUUCAAAGAUCAAAGCUGGUUAGGUUUAAAAACGAGAAGCAGAGAUGCUACAUUAUCACGGCAUAAAGGAAUAAACUUGAGUGAUCUUUACUUGCAUACAAAAAUGGCUACUUCGCCCAGUGGAGAAACAUGGCGUGGCCAUUGGCAGAAGAAUGAUAUUGUUGCCAAAGUGUUGGCAGUUCGACAAUGUACUCCUCGAAUUUCCAGGGAUUUCAAUGAAGAAUUUCCAAAACUCAGAAUAUUCUCGCACCCUAAUGUGUUGCCAGUGAUAGGAUGUUGCAACUCCCCUCCCAACUUGGUGGUUAUUAGUCAGUAUAUGCCUUGGGGCUCGCUCCAUACUUUAUUGCAUGAAGGAGCCAGAGUUACAGUGGACACAGCCUUAGCACUUAGACUCGCAGUAGAUGUUUCUAGGGCCAUGGCGUUUUUGCAUAGUCUGGAAAGGAUUAUACCACAGUUUCAUUUGAAUAGUCAUCAUAUCAUGAUUGACGAAGACCUUACAGCUAGGAUAAAUAUGGCAGAUGCUAAAUUUUCAUUCCAAGAAAAGGCAAGAAUAUACUACCCUGGAUGGAUGUCUCCUGAGGCUUUACAGAAAAAGCGAAUUGAUACUAAUUCAGAAGCAUGCGACAUGUGGAGUUUUGCGAUUCUCCUAUGGGAAUUAGCUACGAGAGAAGUUCCAUUUUCUCACUUGUCACCAAUGGAAAUAGGGAUGAAGGUGGCUUUGGAGGGUUUAAGAGUGUCUAUUCCAUCUGAUAUUUCGCCACAUCUCACCAAACUGAUUAAAAUAUGUAUGAACGAGGAUCCAGGCAAGAGGCCAACAUUUGACAUGGUGCUUCCAAUUUUGGAUAAAAUGAAAAGAUAAUAAUAAAAAAUAACAAAAUUCUUCAGUGCUAUAGUGGAAGAAGAAAUCUUAACAGAAUAGGUCACUAACUUUUAUACAAAAGUAUUUAUUUCAAAACCAAUGUAUAUCAAGUGGUCAAAUAUUUAAUACAACAGAAUAGGUCACCAAUUUUUACACAGAAGUAUUUAUUUCAAUUCAAAUGUAUCUCAAGUGGUUACAAAAUUUAUGUUCAUAUGAUACACUUAUUUGUAACUUUGUUAAAAUGUUCAUAAUUCUAUUUUUCAUUAUAAAUUAUGUUUUAUAGACAAAAAACAGUUGAAAUCAAAUAUUCAUAUUUUAUUAAAAAAAAAUUUAGAUAUUUCAAUGUUAGAAUUUUACAGAAUAAUAUAUUUUAAUACUUUUGGACUACUAUAAUAUUCCAGCGUGAGCUUCCUGUAUUAUGCAGACUAAUAAAGACUUUGCAGUUGACUAUUUAUUAACAUUAGGUAAUAACUAAGUAGUAAUUAAUUAUUAAAUAUAUUAUGUUUUUUUAUAAUCAAACUAGUUACACCACAGUAUUUCUGUUUCAGAAUUGAACAGGUGUAUUUUUUUUCUCUUAUUGAUCUUUUACUGAUACAAUUUAAAUACAUUUAUUAAUGUAGCUAUAAUAUAAUUUUGUGAACGGUCUGGCACAUAAUGUUCAAUUUGUUCAUAUAAUCUAAUACAUACCCUAUGGGCAUAAUAAUUUUCGGUUUUAAACUAAAUAUGUUAUAGUUGUCUAUUAUAGAUGCAGUAUUAUCAAAACUUUAAUGGAUUAUUGCCCUAAGGUAUAAUCUUGUUAAGCGUGGUUAUAAUAUUAUGUAUGCCCAACAUGCUAAUUAUCACAGCUGUAUCAGACAACAUUUAACUAAAAGUUUAUUAUAAUGUUUCAUAUCAAAGUAAACUACUGCAAUUACUUAAGUUUAGUGAAACUGAAAUAGUUUCAUUAAAUCUACAUGAAACAUUUUGCUUAUCCAAUAAUAUGAUAUCUAUGGAGGGAAAAAUCAUCUAUAUAUCACUCGGGUAGAAUACAGGUGGUGUAAUUAGGAAUUAAUAUGAGCUUACAUUUUUUAUACUUAACUUGUUUUUUACAAUAACAUAUUAUGAUUAAUUUUAGUUUUGUUUGACUGUAACAAUUUGUAUUAGAUUUAAACAUAUUAUAUUUUAAAAAUUAACAUUUUUGUUGAAUAUGCAUAAUAUAUUAUUUAUAGCCGACGGCAGUUUUUGUCAAUUAUUGUUAAUGUUUAUGCUGUUAUGCACAAAUGAAUUAUUCCACGAUGCUGAACACAUCGCGUGCCUUAUUAUACAGUUUGUUAAAAUAAAUAAUCGUACCGCUAAUAAUUGUAAAAUAAUAAUAAUAAAAAAAAAUGUAAUGUAUUACUAAUCGAAA